GCCCCGUCUGGUCAUCGAGGACGGUGUCCAAUCUAGCGAGGAAGGUUCCACUUCUGAUAUUCACUCGCCUAUAUUUGAGCCAGCUUAUCCAGAGGGUGAGCACAGCCUAGUCCGCUCUUAGCGUUUGGCGUGGUGGCUCAUAUGACAACGCACAUAAAAAGUCCGCUAUCAUCACCUAGGCCACCACCACCCACACCUUCCCGAUGCUUCAACCUCGUUCAUUGCUCAGCACUUUGACGCGCGCUUUGGGCGGCACAAUAUACAGAUGCCGGGCAAUCAUCUCCUGGAGACAUUACAGCCACCGAGCGCGACAGUUGAGCAGCUGCUACCACAUCCUCAGGACCAUGUCUGCUUUGGCCUGCAGCAGCAGCCUGUGCUUAAUUUGGCCCUCGAGUCGUCCCUGCCAAUACAGCCUCCCGCUUUAAGUCCUGUAGGCGAAUACACGUUUAAUCUACACCAGGGCAGAUCGGCAGAGCAACAAAUGCACGUUGUUGCUUACGACAGUUUGCCCUCUUCGUCUCGAGCCGCCACCUUCGCAAUGGCGCCUCCUCCCGAACACAAGCCCUCGCCCCCUGUCCCCAUCUCACCUGCCGUAAAAGGCAACCCGUCGGGCAAUGACGCCCAGUCCGCCGCGUCGCGACCUCGUCGAGAAGCAUCCAACGUCGUAAUUGCGUGCCGUCAAUGUCGCGCGCGCAAGAUACGUUGCGACUCCACGAGACCGCAUUGCAAUAAUUGCAUUCGCCGCGGCAACGACUGCGAGUACGACGCCAAACCAAAGCGGCGAGGGCCCGAUAAGCGUCCCGGCACACGGCAGCGCUCCUGCAAGAAACGCCCACCCGAGGCAGACCCGCCGACUUCGAAUGCGAAGAAGAGACGCAAGAUUGAGGACGACGAUGAUGGGAGCUCAGUUGGCUUUGAUGAGCGAGUUGGAACCACCAACGGUGCGAAGCGUCCUUCCCUGGUACCAGCCGCACAUAUACCAGAUGAGGCUACGGGCCUUCGUAUGCCGCAGGCGCCGCCGCUCGUCCUCGAUACGUCGGCUCAAGCACGCGGAAUGUCAUCUGAAGUAAUAUAUCCUAAAGAUGGCCUCUCUCCACUUGCGCAACAUUCUCCUGUGUACCCGUAUCACACCAUUGAUUAUCCAGCCGGCAGGCACAUUGCACAUUCUCCUAUGUCUCCCGAUCACUGCCAGGAGGAGCCGCGACAUCAGAUACCCACCGCACCUUCGUUCGACUAUGCUAUUGAGACUUGGUGGGAUAGUCUUCUCACAACCUACGCUGGAUCCCGUGAAGAAUCUUUUCAAGCUAUUCUCGACGACGUCAAAUUCCUGCUUGACUCUAGCAGCUACUGGUUAUUCUUCUUUAAUCGACAAAUUCUAUUCCGGGAUCUCCAUCACAUGCAUACGCGGCCCACUCUGCAGCCAGCCCUCGUGCUGUCUGCUCUGGCCCUCUCGACUCUGAUGAGGUCGAGUGAGCUCGAGUGCGGAGCCCAGGGACGUGCACGGGCUGUUUCACUACGUAACUCGGCUCAAGCGGCUCUCGAAGCCGCUUGCCAUGCUCGCCAUGUGGACAUGAGGCUUGCUGAGGCGUCCAUCAUCCUAGCCAUCUUCGAAUCGUCCAGCCAUCCCGAGCAUUCGCAAAGUAGGGCCGAUGAAGCUCUCCAGUUUAUGGAUAGCAUUAUCCUAGCUCUCAAGCUCCCCAUGACCGACAUGAACGACCCCGACGCCUGCAUCUACAGCCCACGCACUAUCCCGAUGGUGUUUCAUCCCGCCGGCUAUGCCUCUCCAGAGAUGUGUUCCUGCAUCCGAUCUGCUACCACUGCUCCUUCCAUGGCUUCUGCUGUACCCCCGCAGCACUACUCAUUCUCUUUCGCUUUCAACCCGCCUUGGGACCCUAAUUGGGCUGACGUGGACAUCGUCAAGGAGGAGUCCCGGCGCAUCUGCUGGAGUGCCCUCAACCUAAUUGCCAACUAUACUGCUCAAUCCGUCGCGUUCCAUCAGUCUCCCCUUGAUCUCGGCCUUAUGGAACCCUCUAAUUACUGUAUACUCUUCCCCGGCGAAGCAUACGAGCGUAACCCACGACACCGCAUCCCGGGCCAAUCUCCCAAGGACUCCGUCUGGGCCCUCUAUUGUCGCAGCAUGCUUCUCUGGAUCAGCGCUAUCCGGCCCAGGGACACCUGGACGAACGACGAGCGUGCGGACUUCGCCAUCGCUGCGUGGACCGAGACCCGCAUGGUCCAGGACGGCAUUAAUAUGCACAAGUGCAAUCUCGACACCGCCGUCAUGUACAUCUCCCGCGAAUACCUCUACAACACACGCCUCGAGAUCACCUCUGAAUUCCGUCGCAGCUUGCAGGACCCAGCGACUAUCGGCGCUCCUCUCUUCAACCGCCGCCAGGCUCAGGAGUGGUUGUACUACCAGGAUCAGGUCGCGCAGCGGGUGAAGAACGCUGUUCUUGAGGUUGGCGAGAAACGGGGCCACCUCCUGACCAGGCGUCCCUUCCAAUCCCUCUGGUUUGCGAGCCAGGUGUCCAUAUGCCUCGCGCUUUGGGGCUACGACAGGUCUCUACUUCAAGCCCUGGAGCUCGGGAAGACCUUCCUCAUCCCUCUUGACACUCUCGAUGCCCUAUGGCCCUGCCCUGUCCAGCGGACCCGUACCGAGACUCUCAGAGACCGACUCCGCGAGGCCUGUCUGCAGGCCGGGAUCGCGACCCCUCUCUCCACCCAUGUUACGCUUCCACCCAUGCUGCGCUCCGCUUAAUUGAUUCCUCAGUCAUUCACGUUCUUUCACAUUUUUAUCAGCUUUCAACAUUGCAUUAUUGACAUCUGUACAACCUAUAGCCCUUGCUUUGUCUGUAUUCUAUUUGUACAAUCGUGUCUUUCACGCUAUGCUUCUCUCCUUAACCUGCCAUUACUAGCCAUAUAGUUUGCAGCCCUUAGCACUUAUCCCCACACCUGCCUUUGCCUCCGCACGCAUGGUUACAUCUACGCUUUAGAGUCUUCUCGAGUUGUAUAACGUUGUCUCGGCAGCUGAUCAUACCAGAAGCUACGUCAGCUGCGACAUCUGUUCUAUAGACUGUUGCAACAAUAUUACUUAGUU